ACAAGCGGUUGCACAGAAAGUUGAGAGAUAGUAGAUUACGUUACGAAGCAGUUCCGCCUUUAGUUUUGUUUCAGGCGCGCUGGAGUAGGGAGCAGUUGGAACUUCACUUAAUACUGCAUCAUUGUGUUAUGAGCAAAUAGGACGUUUUUAGUUGUAAUUUUUUGACAUCAGCAGUCAACAAUGUGGCGACAGCUGCAGCUAGUCCUCUACGUUGUUUGUGCGUCAAGCCCGGUGUGGUGCUUGCCCCCACCAGAACCAAAACCACCUAUGAAGCCCAUGCCCCAGCCAGGUCCGAUAACACCCAAAUCAGAAUGUCGAUCUAUGAUGGACUUGGUGCUAGUGUUAGACGGGUCUGACUCUAUAUCUACCGAAGACUAUCAAACACAGCGCGUAGCAUUAAAUGAAUUGGUAAAAGGCUAUCACUUAGGACCUAAAGAAUCGAGAGUUGGCUUGGUAGUAUACAGUUCAACAAUCGCACAGAGCGUACCGCUCACAGAUAAUAGAGAACUUCUCAUGCAAGAAACCAUUAACUUGGUUCAUCCGCGAGAUGGAACGAUGACCAAUCUUGGAAUUGAAAAAAUGAUCGAACUGUUCAAAGACCCUGUUCAUGGCGGCCGGAAGGACGUGCCUUGGAUUUGUAUAGUAAUCACAGAUGGUCAGAGUAAAUUCCCGCAGAGAACGUUCAAACAAGCAGAGAAUGCGAAAUCAUUGGGAAUCAAUAUGUUUACCGUAGGAAUAAGCCAUUUCAUAGACGAGAACGAGCUUAAAAAGAUUGCGACAACCCCAAAUCAAGUUCUCACGCUUAACACGUUUGAUCAGUUACUAGUUUCCCUUCAGAGUCUCAUGAAAGUUGUAUGCCCUUGCCCUGCGUUGCCCAUCUUGCCCAACGGCUACUUUGAUGACGGUCCUCGUGCUAUUGGUGCAACACACACGUACGGUUGUGAUAAAGGUUACCAACCAAUCGGAAAGCCUACGAUUGAGUGUCUGCCAUCGUCUGUGUGGUCGAACCUCGAGUUUUCUUGUGUUGCUUGUCCUCCACCACCGCCGAUGAUGGGAAACGGUCGUGUCCUGGACGGCCCUCAGAUGGUAGGGACCAUGAGAGAGUACAAGUGUGCGGACGGUUACGCUUCGCCCACCCCCAUCCUCAGCGAGUGCGUUGAAGGACCGGAAGGACCAUAUUGGACGGAGCCAUCCAUAUCAUGUCAAGCGUGUGGCCCACCCCACGUACCCCCGAAUGCGUACCUGGAGGUAAUGAUAAAGUCUGCCGUCGUUGGAGAGAGAGUAGUGUUCCACUGUAACCCAGGGUUUAUUGCAAACGGCCCCGUAGCCACUAUAUGUAUAAACAUGGACGGUAUUCCCGGAUGGACGAAGCCAGUUCAUGGCUGUAUUGCUUGCGAUCCUCCUCCAAAGAUGCCUCACAUGUCGCCGGACAAAGAUGGUGGUGUUCUCGUUAACACACUCCGCCACUACACUUGUGAUCCAGGAUACCAUCCUACAGGCCCCAUUGAAGCUAUAUGUAUGGGCGAGAAAGGGGCCACAUUCUGGAAGUUCAACCCCCACUCUUGUAAAUCCUGCCCGAAACCUCCAAUGAUUCCGGACGCAGUUUUAUUGGAGCCCGGAAACACAUUGGUCGAUACAGUACGGGAAUAUCAGUGUCUUCAAGGCUUCCAACCCACUGGACCUAUCAAAGUCGUCUGUGCUGCGGGAAAUGGCGUGACCUUCUGGGACGGACCUCAUCAUAGAUGUGUUGCCUGUACCCAGCCCCCUGUGAUACCAAACACAAUAUUAGACCCAGUCGGUGACGUCCUUGUAGGAUCAGUUCGCACAUACCAAUGUCUCGACAAAUUUGUGCAAACCGGGUCCAUUCAAGUUGGGUGUAUAACGGGCAACGGUGGUCCUAUGUGGACCUCCCCAGAAAAUGUGUGCAUCACCUGUGAAAACCCACCUUCACUUCCGAACGCCCUAUUAGACCUAAAUGGGGACAAUUUUGUUGGCGCCAAGCGACGUUACAAGUGCAUAGAUGGUUUUGUUGGGACAAAACCCGGACCGAUAUUCAUCGAAUGUUUGUCGGAAAUGAUCGAUCAGCGAGGGCGGGCGUUUUGGAGCCAACCUUCACACGAGUGCGUCUCUUGCCCCGAACCACCACCCAUUGAAUACGCAAUUAUUCAACCAGGAAUGAACCUUGUUGGUGCUACUAGAAAUUACCAUUGCGUGGAUAACUAUCACGCAACUGGAGAUAUUCAUAUAACUUGCGGGCCAGACGGUUCUUGGUCAAAGCCCCAACAUACGUGUUCAGCUUGUGGACCAACUCCGGAUGUUCCAUUCGCCGAUGUCUUACCUGGUGGCUACACAAUAGGAUCAGUACGAGAAUAUGUUUGUAGGAAAGGGUACGUUCCUGACAGGAAACCAAUUAUAAGAUGUUUACCAGGACCGGCUUGGUCUCCUCGGGAGUUUGAAUGUAUUGCGUGUAAAGAACCUUAUCCAGUAAAUUUCGCUGUACUAGAGCCAGGGGAUGGCUUUGUUGGCACAGUUCGCAGGUAUACAUGCCUCCCAGGAUUUAUAGAGACAGGCCCAAUCACAUCCACAUGCGCAGUUCCAUCAUUCCAGGGACCUCCACCAGAACGGAUUAAUCCCGAUUGGUCAACACCUGUUCACUUUUGCAAAGAUUGCGGCGAUCCAAUUCCGGUGGCAAAUGCAGACAUUUUACCUGGAGAGAAGAGCGUGGGAUCAGUGGCACAGUAUGUUUGUCAUAAAGGUUUUGUUCCAACGGGGCCAGCUAACUCCUUUUGUAUGCAAAAUGCAGAAUGGACUCCAGUUGAAUUUAAAUGUAUAGCCUGCGACCAGCCUCCGAUUCUGGAGGGUGCCAAGGUUGAUCAAAGUACGAACGUUCUUGUGGGAACGCGACGAAUUUACACAUGCCAAAAUGGCUUCAUCUCAACUGGACCCAUAGAGGUCACGUGCUCAAGUAAGGGAGCAGCAGAAGACUUUUUUAAACCUGAAUGGGUUAUGGAUAUCAAAAAUCACUGUAAAGAUUGUGGUGCUCCACCACUUGUUGAUAAUGCUUAUAUCAAUAUCGGCCCGAUGACGAUUGGCUCAAAUCGCUCCUAUGCUUGUAAUAAUGGCUUUGAAAUGGUUGGAACAGAGACCAUCAAUUGCCUUCCAACUGGACUCUGGUCGCAACCUACUUUUUCAUGCAACAUACGGACAACAACCACGAUGUCUUUGCCCGCUCCUGUGAAGAAUGACCCAUCUGUUUGCGAUAAUUGCCGUAUGCUCAACGGUGUGGGGUAUACACAACAUCCUCAUGAAUGCUCAGAAUAUGUUCAGUGUUACUUCAGUGCCAGAGGAGGCAUCGAGGCGGUUUAUAGAAAGUGUCCUUUUGGUCUGUUUUGGGAUCAGGGAGAUCUCACAUGUCAACCGUCUGACAUUGUGUAUUGUGCUACAGACCGAUGUCUCACAAGCCCGGCUCUUCAGUCUCACAAGUACGGCGGACAGAAGUGUGGCGCCUACUGGGAUUGCAAUAACGGACGGUCCGUACCAAAAUGUUGUGACGACGGUCACAGAUAUGUGUUCGGGAAAGGAUGUGUACAAGACCCCGAUUGCCACGAUAUUUGUCCCUGGAAAGAUGAAACGCAAGCAUGUGAUAAACGACCAGUGCUGGACAUGACAUCAUACGAACAGAGCCUUGGAAACGGUUUGUGGGUCAAGAUGUCCUGUGCGCCAGGAACAGCCUAUAACAUCAUUGACUGCGAGUGUUCACUGAACACCGGCAUUUUGCCCGGAUACGUUUGUCGCCCGGAGUUGGAAAUGGAUUUUGAUGACAAGCAAAUUAGAGACAAAUCCGGGAAGAAUGUAUAUGUCUUCAAUGAUGGCGUCAUACCAUGGGAAGAUGCUGCGUAUUUCAAUGGGUCGGCUAGGUUGUUAAUUAAUCGUUUCUCAAAUACGGAUUUUCAUGGACAUUUAGUCAUAAAAUUGAGAUACAAAGAACAACUUACAGUUCCAACAGCCAAUAGCUUACAAGCCCUUGUAACCAACGGCGAUUGUGGUGAUGAUCCGUCAAUCAUUGUUGCAAAGAUGCCGGGAUAUGUGCUGUGUGGGGCAAAGACAACAGUUCCCAAGUCCUUUGCUCUUCCCACUGUGGAUAAAGAAUGGAAAGAAGUCAUCUAUAUACACGAUGAAAAAAAUCUAGAAGGCAAGGUUUGUGGUGCGUCCUACAAGAAAUGGUCCUUAGGGCCCAUUCAAGCUACACAUUGUGGUGUUCAAUUUGGAUAUGGAACGAAAAUGGAAAACUUCGUUGGUCUUAUGGAUGACUUGACCGCCCUGUUCAGAGGGAACCAAACGUGAAAAUUGUGUACCAAAAAGUAUAUAUACCAGUACCAGUACCAGUAGAGGUGAAGGUCCCUAUGAAGACCAAGAAAGAGAAAAUGAAGAAGAUGAUGAAAAUAAUGAAACUCAUGCAGGGGCCGAAUCCAUUCGAAGAAAAGAGG